AUGGAUGGAGAAAAUGACGAUCUACGUCAACGGUUAUUUUGGGUGGCUUACAAUAUGGAUCGGUCGCUUUCUGCAACUCUCAAGCUUCCCAUCUCAUUUCCAGAAGAGUCAAUCUCAACAAAGCCCGACCAACGUAUCUGGGAGACUGCAUCUGUGGGCUACUCCAAUGACAUAACCGUAUAUCGAAGCAUUGAAACUGAAGUGCAUCGUGUCUUGCAUUUAAAAGAAGAUACUCCAAAAUCCAGACAAAAUAUCUCUGCCACGUGGGCUCCAGACAUGACAGCAUGGGUCAUCAACAUCAACUCCAAUCUUGAGGAAUGGUACAUCGCAACGUCACACCAAGAAAUGCCAGAUGUGGCUUCACUAUCCAGACGCGUGAUAUACAACCACCUCAAAGCAAAGAUCUACCGUCCGACUCCUCGCCUCCCACUUCGUACAGCAGUGGAACUCCAAUUAUGCUUUGAGUCCUGCCAGAAUGUUAUAGAGAGCGCAAAUGUCCUGUUGAGCCUUCUCCCUGGUGCGUUUAUAAAUCUAUGGAAUAUCCUCCACAUCACUUUUGAGUCUGCUAUCGUUUUGCUUUACAUUUGUUGGCAAUAUCGCUCUCAAUCUUUGAUGAGAUCAGCGGCCUCUAGUGCUCUCUUCAGCGAGAUACCCAAAUGCCUUGGAAUGAUUGAUGAGAUUGGUCGAUGGUGGGGUAGGGCAAAUCUCUGCACAAAUUGCCUUCGACCAAUUUUGAAACAGGUGAAACGGCCCUAUUCUGAUUCUUACCUGGAAUCCUCGGAUGAUUUCUCUAUUUCUGACGCAGCGACGACUGAAAACCUUGAGAAUUUGAUGUUUGCUGAUAGGAUUCCCUGUCCUUUCUCCUCAGACCCGAUAUUUUCGGAAAUUGAUUCUACUUUCUUUGACGAUGCCAUGUACAAUUUAUAUACUGAAGAUCUGGAAUGGGGCAUUUAUUGA